UUGGGGGAUCUUUCACUGGCGCCUCAUUCUGCAGCAGUGUUUGAACGGAGAGAGAAAGAGCUGGCUAUUCGGACUGUCAAGCAUUUACCCAAUCGAAAGGUAGUUGGGAGGAAAUUUACAUUUGGCAACAAAUCUCAGCGCCUUACUGGAAAAGCGCAGAAGUAGCAGUGCUUUGUAACUCAGCCAUCUGGGGACUGGGAACACUGAAAAGGAAGCAACGCCUCAGGGACAGCACGAGGAGACAAGGCUUAACAGAAGCUAAAGAAAUGCAGAAUGGGACCGAUCCCGUCUGCAUUGCAAAUGAGCCUCCGUUCUCUCACAAAAUUAUCGGAAGCCUUGAUAUAACAGGUAUAUUUCUCUUUGCCAUCUUGACUCUAAUGACACUAAUAGCCAACCUGGUGUUUGUAGAGGAAGUGUUCUAUAUCUACAGGAAAAUCCCCUCCUCUAAAAGGACGAUUUUUAUUUGGAUAAAUGCAGCAGCUCCGGUGAUAGCUACUACAUCAUGCACUGGGAUGUGGAUUCCUCGCUCAACAAUGUUUACAGAUUUCACUGCAGCAGUUUUUUUUGCCAUUGUGAUCCACAAGUUCAUGCUGAUGAUGAUUGAAGAGUGUGGAGGUCAAAAGUUAUUUCUCAGGAGAUUUGAAAAUGAUCGUUUCAAGAUCAGCACAGGUCCCUGCUGUUGCUGUUGCCUUUGCCUCCCUUAUGUACACAUCACUAGACGAACCCUGUUUCUGCUGAAGUUGGGGACCAUUCAACUUGCUUUCCUUCGACCUGUGCUAAUGUUUCUGUCAAUAGUGCUUUGGACCAAUGGAAACUACAGCCCUUCUGAUUUAACUCCUAAUGGAGCUGCAAUAUGGAUUAACUGCUUUGUUGGUGUCCUUACAAUCAUUGCUCUGUGGCCAAUUGGAAUCAUGUUUCAACAAGUUCGAGUUCUUCUUAACUGUAAGAAGAUCAUCCCUAAGUUUGCACUUUAUGAGUUUGUCCUCAUUCUGAGCCAACUCCAGGCAGCCAUCAUCAAUAUCCUGGCUCUGCAAGGAAUUAUUCCCUGUGCACCACCUCUGGCUUCUUUAGCAAGAGGAGCGUAUAUGAACCAACAGCUUCUCAUAAUGGAAAUGUUUCUGAUAACACUGAUCUCAAGGGUGGUGUAUAGGAAAAGAUAUGAUGAUCUGGAACUUCCAGGGUGCACUGACCAGGAAACUAGCGACAACAAACAGAACACCAAGAUCAACCUAAAUGGCAAAGUUAUUGAAGAUGGAACCCACAAUGUUUAGAAGAUGGAUGGAUGUGCUGUUUUGUGAGAGCUGGGACAAUACUUGUAGCCCAACUCAGCUUGCCCAUGGCAAGAUCCUGACUAAUGUAUAUGCUUUACUUGAGGAGACGUCCAUUGCAACUUUUAUAUCCUUAUACUGCAAAUAGCAGAUAUUCAAACUGGAACAGCUUCUGGUAUAAAUUCAUGUGACCUGGAUAGAAAGGACCAAAAAGUGGGAGGAUAAACCUCCUUAUUUUCAGAGAUAUAUACACCGAGUGAGAGAUUUCAGUCUCCAUAUAAUUUCAUGCAGUUGUCAGACAGUUUGGGUCCCAUCAGCUUGUUUGAACCCUGCAGUGUAAAUGUGAAGUGAUGUAAUACUGUAUUGCACACAUUACGGUGUUUAUACAAUGCAGCAACACUGGAGACUCACUCUCUUUUUUGUUUUUUCCUCAUUUCAUGUAGCCACCUCUGUGUUUGGAGCUCUCUCCCUGGUCCAACACCUCAGGUGCCCACCCUCUCUUUAUUCAAAUCCCUCCUCAAAACUCUCACUCUUCUCACUAAGCCCGAAACAGCUAACAUACCUCAGUAAAUAUAUCUUCUCAAACCCCACCACAUCCUGCAUGCGAUAUCCACCUCAAUAGAUGAUAAGCUCUUUGGGUGAGGGCUGUCACUUUUUCCUGUCUUUUUUUAUACCAGUGAUUCUCAGUCUUUCCAGACUACUGUACCCCUUUCAGGAGUCUGAUUUGUCUUGCAUACCCCAAGUUUCAUUUCACUUAAAAUUAUUUGCUUGCGAUACUGGACAUAAAAAUACAGAAGUGUCACAGCACACUAUUACUGAAAAAUUGCUUACUUUCUCAUUUGUCUGUAUAAAAUUUAAGUGUGGAUUGACCUCGCUAUUGCUUUUUAUGUAGCCAGUUGUAAAACUAGGCAAAUACCUGGAUGAUUUGAU